AGUCGGGCGCCCCCGGCCCACCCAGCCCUCCCGUCGGCGAUGUGGGGGCGCUUCCUGGCCCCCGAGGCCGGCGGCCGGGACAGCCCCGGCGGAGCCCGCAGCUUCCCAGCAGGCCCAGAUUAUUCAUCAGCAUGGUUACCUGGUAGUGAAUCAUUGUGGCAGGCCACAACUGUUCCAUCUAACCAUCGAAAUAACCAUAUCAGGAGACAUAGUAUAGCUUCUGACAGUGGAGACACCGGCAUUGGAACCUCCUGUUCUGACAGUGUGGAAGAUCAUUCAACUUCAAGUGGCGCAUUAUCUUUUAAGCCUAGUCGAUCAUUGAUUACUCUUCCUACUGCUCAUGUGAUGCCGUCUAAUUCCAGCUCUUCAAUUUCCAGACAUAGGGAAUCAUUGACAUCAAAUGGCUCACCAUGGAAUACAAGCCUUAUGCAGACAUUGGGAAGCCAUAGUAGAGGGGAGCAGGACUCGUCACUAGACAUGAAGGACUUCCGACCCCUUCGGAAGUGGUCAUCUUUAUCCAAACUUAUUGUUCCAGAUAACUGCAGCCAGGGUGGCCCUGCACACACAGAGGAGUCAAGGAAUGGUUUGGAAAAAACAAGGAGGGGCAAGGCUUUAAUAUCACAACUAAGGACAGUUGGACCUAGCUGUUUACAUGAUAGUAUGGAGGUGCUUAAGUUAGAGGACAAGGAAAUAAAUAAAAAACGGUCAUCAACUCUGGACUGCAAGUAUAAAUUUGAGAGCUGCAGCAAAGAGGACUUUAGAACCUCUUCCUCUACUCUUAGGAGACAAACCUUAGACAUGACAUACAGUGACUUACCUGAAAGCAAGCCCAUUAUGGCAAGCUCAGAGGGUUUUGAACCUCCAAAAUAUUUAAUGCUUGGUCAGCAGGCAGUAGAUGGAGUUCCCAUUCAGCCUUCUGUAAGGACUCAGAUGUGGCUUACAGAACAGUUGCGGACAAACCCUUUGGAAGGUAGAGCUACAGAGGACUCUUACAGUUUAGCUCCUUGGCAACAGCAGCAAAUUGAAGAGUUUCGACCAGGAAGUGAAACACCAAUGCAGGUUUUGACUGGAUCAUCUCGUCAAAGUUAUUCACCUUCUGGCUAUCAGGAUUUCAGUAAGUGGGAAUCAAUGUUGAAAAUAAAAGAAGGACUUCUAAGACAGAAAGAAAUUGUAAUUGAUCGGCAGAAGCAACAAAUUACCCACCUACAUGAGAGGAUAAGAGAUAAUGAAUUACGGGCACAACAUGCCAUGUUAGGACAUUAUGUAAAUUGUGAGGAUUCUUAUGUGGCUAGUUUGCAGCCACAGUAUGAGAACACGUCACUCCCGUCUCCAUUUUCAGAGGAAUCAGUGUCCCAUUCCCAGCAAGAGGAACUUGAGCAAAAACUUGCAUCUACUGAGAAAGAAGUUUUACAGCUCAAUGAGUUUCUCAAACAAAGAAUAAGCCAAUUUAGUGAAGAGAAGAAGAAAUUGGAGGAAAAGCUUAAAACUAGAGAUAGAUACAUCAGUAGCCUGAAAAAGAAAUGCCAGAAGGAAUCUGAACAAAACAAAGAAAAGCAGAGAAGAAUUGAGACCUUGGAAAAGUAUCUGGCUGAUCUUCCAACUCUAGAUGAUGUACAGAGUCAGAGUCUUCAGUUGAAAAGUUUGCAACAAAAAGUAGAAAAAUGUCUUGAAGAUGGAAUCCGCCUUCCCAUGUUAGAUGCAAAACAGCUUCAGAAUGAAAAUGAUAAUCUCAGAGAACAAAAUCAGACUGCUAAUAAGUCUAUGCAAGGGAAACUUUCUAAAGAGAAAUUGAACACUCAAAAGAUGAUGGAAGAGCUGGAAAAGAAAGAAAGAAAUCUGCAGAGAUUAACAGAAGCAUUGCUUGAAAACCAAAGACAAACAGAGGAGACGGGCCCUUUGAUGGAUCAGGGCCAGGAAGCAGACCCAUCUAGGCAGCAGACACUUCUUUCCAAAUGGCCUCUAUUUGAUUUGACUGUGAUUGAUCAACUGUUCAAGGAAAUGUCCUAUUGUUUGUUUGACUUGAAAGCAUUGUGCAGUAUUCUUAAUCAGCGUGCUCAGGGCAAAGAGCCUAAUCUUUCAUUAUUACUGGGAAUCAGAUCAAUGAACUGUUCAGCUGAAGAGACUGAGAAUGACCACAGCCCAGAAACACUCAGUAAAAAAUUAUCAGAUGUGUGCCAGUUACGGAGGGACAUUGAUGAAUUAAGGACUACAAUAUCAGAUCGCUAUGCUCAGGACAUGGGAGACAACUGCGUUACCCAGUGA